AAAGUAGUAAUUGAAGUUGCGUUUUAUUUUUAUGUCAUAACCGGAAGUCCAGCCUUCCUGUUGUAGCCACCUGGUGCAUUUCCUCCACCUUGACGCUCAGGUACACGGAUUUGGUCUCAAAAAAAAAAAAACACAACUUUCUUGAAACUGGCAUUUUGUGGCCGAGCCGGUCGUUCAAAAUGGAUUAAAAACAGAAAUGUUGAAUGUUAGGUGGAGAAGACAGCUUUAAUCCAGGAGUCAUCUGGUGGACGCACCGUGUUUAAAUAACUUGGAGUCACUGCGUCAUGUCUGCUGGCAACACUGGCAGUCUGAGACACAACUCGGGGCCUGGCAGCUACAGGUAUGGAACCAGCCGGAGCAGCAGCCAGAGGUCAUCCUAUGAGGAGCGCUGCGUGGACCCAGUGGAAGACAUGCUCCCGAUCCCGGAGCCAAAGACAGUCCACAAAGCUCACCUCAGAGAUGCUAAUGGAAAGGAGUCUGAGACCAUUGGCUUCAUUCCUGGCUCAGCUGACCCUCACUCUGCCACACAAACCUGCAACCCCUGCGCUUCUCCAAGGAGCUGUAGGACCUUUAUAUGCAGCGUACUAACCUGCGGCCUGUAUAGAGUUUGCCAGCGCUCCAUCCUCGCUCCGUGCCUGGCGCCGAACGAGAGCUCCUCAGACAAACCAGCGGAGAUUAGCCUUCAAGAUGUGAACACAGGAGGAGAAGAGGACGCCGGAGACUGGCUAGGGGACGUCUGCAUCGCUGGAGUCAAAAUUGACAGUGCAAGAGAGUAUUUAGAUGUUGAAACCAAAUCUCCAUCGUAUGUGCCUCCACCUGGUGGUCCGACACAGCCCAGCCAUGCGUCCCUGCACGAGUCCAUGAGGUUUGAUGACUGGGAGGACGGUGAGGAGAACGUUGAUUCUCUGAUCACCAAGAAGCUGCUGGAGCUCUACUCUGAAUAUCAGAUCGAGGAGUUGGCCAGGUGCACCUCGGACUCUGUGUUUUUGAAGAAGAGCAAGGCCAUCAACCACCUCAUCAACUCGCUGGCAGAGGAGCACAAAAUGGACGAGCAGGAGGCCGAGUGUCGGCUGGUGCGCGGCAUCAUCCGCAUCAGCACUCGAAAGAGUACGAAGAAGAAGCCGGCCGUCUCCAGGAGGGAGAGGACGCUGUCGGACAGCGGCAAUGAGACGAUGAGGGAGAGCGGUUCCUUUUCGUUCAGCAACAACAAUGACUACAAAUCGAAUCCAAACAUCCAGAUAUCAGAACUGACCCCCUCUGAUAAGUGUGCCAGAGACAUUUGGAGGAACAAUGGAGGUCAUACUUCUACUUCUCCAACAGGCUACUCACCCUCCCACACAGAAACUAAUUCCUCAGGUGUCCCGCUAAUUCGCACCUCUGUGAGAACAUGAUUCCUGCUCCACCCUGGCAAUCCAUGCUUGAAUAAUUUGUCAUAUUGUGUCUACAAGGUCACAUAUGGGACGUUGAAAGGCGACACUACUUGCACAGGAGUCUCUGGCUGAGCCGAGCUCUUUGUAGAGACUUGCGGCUUUGCUGUUUCCAAAGCCAAGCCAUGAAAAUGUGACGAUUCACAUUGUCUGAAGGACUUCAGUGAACUCAGGGCUCUGUGUGUAGAUAUUUAUGGUUGAUAGAUAUUAUGUGUAUAUUUGAAGGAUUGCUUUAUUGAGAACUUCCCCUGCAGGCAGAAAUCACCAGCAGCUCUUGAUGGCUCUCAGAUAUUAUAUCACGAUUUAACCGUCCUCUCCGUCCUUGAAGGAGAACUGAGUAAUGUUCAUGAAACCUGACUCCGGUCAGAUUAUUGUGCUGUUGUUGUGCUGCGAAGGACUUCUGGAUGUAGUUGUAGUUUUCUGGCACAUUUCAUCAUCGUAUCAUCUUUUUUUAAACGAAUGUGUGUGUAUUCAGUUUAAUUCAGAGGUUAUAUAUGACGUAUGUACAUGAAUGAUUUUAGAUUAAUGAGAGGAAAUUAUGUUCUAAUAGAUUUCGUUGUUUGUACCUAAAAGUGGUAGAAGUGUAAAAGGAUGAAGUAACAAUAUUUAGCAGGAAGAAAAAGGAGGUUUUAUACAAUGCUGUAAUUGUAGUAUUGGGUGGAGUAUUUUUGCGUGUCUGGGGGUGAAUUUUGGGAAACAGGCUUGUUUGCUUUCUUGCGGAGAGUUAGACUCUACAUCCAGUUGACUUAGCUUAGCAUAUAGACUGGUUCUGUCCGAAGGUUACAAAACCUGCCUAGCAACACCUUUAAAGGCCGAUUCAUGUUUUAUUUAGUUUGUACAAAAACAAAGUGUGAAACGACAAGUUGUUGCUUUACUGCAAGUUACGCACUGGCCUGUAUCUGGGCCACAAUUUGUUGUAUUUCUGUGAGCGUCAAAUGUGCGGAUAAGCUAAGUGUUUCCCACUCUUUCCAGUCUCUAUGCUAAGCUAAGCUGACUAGCUGCUUGCAGUAGCUUGUAUGGUAAAACAUUUACCAUACAGAUGUGAGAAUAAUUUUCCACAUUCUGACCAUGGGCACAUAUAAAGAUGGACGACGUCUCUACACUUCCUCCCAAACUAUCGGAAGUGCCAUUUUGCAUCAGUGAUGUCAUUUUGGAGCCAGAGUCUGCGCAGUGGUGAUCGGGGUUGUCACGGCAGUAUCACGGUCCCGCCCAUGAAUCCUGCCGACUCGAACGCAAGCAAGGCUCAGCUGUCAGUCAAGUCGUGAAAGUCCCCUUUUUUUAUAGCAUCACAUAACCAAUUAAAACCAGACAUAUCAUAAUAAGAACUACCUAAAUCUGAAUGUUUUGGCUUCACUGUCACGUUGUCCAUCUUUAUAUACAGUCAAUGAUUCUAACCAUAGAAACAAAGCAAAGAAGUUAGUAGGUGGACUUUUUCUUUUUGUGUGUUUGUGUGUUAAAAUUCAGGUUUUUUUCUAUUGUGACUUUAAUGACGUUUAUGUAUAUAGAGUGUGAUUUCUUUUCUUCACAAAGCAGAUUACUAUGAAACUCAUAUGAAGCAGAUAGCUCCUAAGUUUUAAGUUAACCGGGUGUUUGAUGUUUUGAAAGCUAGUGUGUGAAAUGCAAUUAUAGUUUAGCUUUUAUCACGUACUAUAACUAUAAUUUAUUAGUGACAUUAUACCCAAACUGACUCAUGAAGUGAAUGUUUGUCGUCGUGCUUUGCUGUGUUUGCUCCUGGGUGCUGAUGCGAAUUUGUCCAGCUGACUCAGUGGAAUGUAUUCAGCUCCGUGUUUUCAUUAUCAGCGUUAGAUUAUGGUUACUGUUGGUCAUGGGCCCUAUUGUAAUGCCUUCAGUUAAUGCACAUGGGUAUAUUGUAAAAGUGUGGUUUAGCGGUCUAGAUUACAUCUGUCCUCGUGUGCCCUAUUUUAAUUCUAAGUGCAAAGAAUAAAUGUUUGCGACAAGAGGUAAUAUGGAUAUCUUAAAUAACAGUGUCAAGAAUUCGGUUGCAACACCAUGGUGGCGUGAAACUGGUUGCUCUGGUUGGAAAACCAGCUCGACUAUUUAGAAAGUGACUAAUAUGUCUGUGUCAUGUUAACUGUACCUAUCGUAAUAUACGUCCUAUUUCACUAAACUGGUUGAAUUGUCUGCUAAAGCAUAGCAUUUUCUUUUCAUUAGCAUGCUAGAUUUUGUCAAAUUUGAAGGUAUAUUGCUUGGGUCUUUCACCGAGGUAUGGUACUUUUAUAUUAUCAGCAAAU